GUUCGGUUGUUCUCUCUUUCUUUCCGGCUCGUCGCAGAGUCUAGUGAACACACAUUUUGUGUAUCAUUAAAUUCAAUUUAAGACCCUGUUAAGGCGUCGCAAUGGGACGCGUUAUUCGCGCGCAGCGUAAAGGUGCCGGAUCCGUGUUCCGGGCACACACCAAAAAGCGCAAGGGACAGCCGAAACUGCGUAAUCUGGAUUACGCCGAACGUCACGGAUACCUGAAGGGUGUCGUGAAGCAAAUUAUUCACGAUCCGGGCCGCGGCGCACCGCUGGCGGUGGUGCACUUCCGCGAUCCGUACAAGUUCCGGCUGUGCAAGCAACUGUUCAUCGCGGCCGAGGGCAUGUACACCGGCCAGUUCGUGUACUGUGGCAAGCGCGCUCAGCUGCAGAUCGGCAAUGUGCUCCCGAUCGGUCUCAUGCCUGAGGGUACGAUCGUGUGCAAUCUGGAGGAGAAGACCGGUGAUCGGGGCAAGCUGGCGCGUACCUCGGGCAACUAUGCCUCGGUUAUCGCGCACAAUCCGGACACCAAGCGGACGCGUGUGAAGCUGCCGUCGGGUGCUAAGAAAGUGCUGCCGUCGGCCAACCGUGCGAUGGUCGGAAUCGUUGCCGGUGGUGGUCGUAUCGACAAGCCCAUCCUGAAGGCGGGUCGGGCGUACCACAAGUACAAGGUGAAGCGCAACUGCUGGCCGAAGGUGCGCGGUGUGGCCAUGAACCCCGUCGAGCAUCCGCACGGUGGUGGUAACCAUCAGCACAUCGGUAAGGCGUCGACCGUCAAGCGCGGAACGCCUCCGGGUCGCAAGGUCGGUCUCAUCGCUGCCCGCCGUACCGGACGUAUCCGAGGAGGCAAGGGCGACGAGAAGUUCAAGGAGAAGGAGAAGAAGUAAGCGGCGGCAACGACGGCGUCACGUCGGUAGUUGUGCUGCGGUCCGCGGCUGGUUUCUACUGUUGGCACCGAUGCGCGCUGCUGCGGAACUGUUCGUUUUUGUUGUUCUACGCUCUGUAUCUACGAGAGGAGGACAUCGCUGGGAGAGUGACAGGAAUGUGAAAGGGUGUUCGAAACAUUCGCGGAGGAACAUCCGUUGAGGGGAAUCCUGGGGUGGUUGAAGCAAGAAAUAAAAAAAGGAGAAGAAAACUUGCAAACAA